GUCCCUACAACAAGCGCUUCACUGCCAAGCUGAUGAUUGAGAAUGUGAGCCAGCACAAGGUGGCCUUCCGUCUGAUGACCCUGGAGCCACGUCACUACAUCGUCGAUCCAAGCAAGGGCAUCAUUCCGGCGCACCAGUCCACCACUGUGAACAUUGUCCUGAAGACGAUCGAGAACGAGGCGAACUUCAAAACAGCCACUCAGAAGUUCCUGGUGCAAGUGGUGCCCGCCAAACCGGACUCCACCAGUGACAGUGUGAGCGAGCUGUUUUCCAAAGCUCUCACCGGCGACAUCAACUACUUCAAGCUGAUCGCCGUCUUUGACAACCUCGGAAAGCCACCACCGGCUGCUAAUGCUGACUACGUCACCUGCAGUGAGCCUUCUUCUUCAAGCGCCGCAUCGAGCUCUGGAGCUUCCAAAACCUCCACCGGCAGCUUCAACUCAAGCAGCAGCAGCAGCAGCAGCAGUUCAGCCAAAGCCCAGCCGUCAUUCGGCAAGUUCUCGCCCUCAAAGACUGGCGCUGGUGAGAAGCAGCGUUCCGCGGAGAAGCUGCCGAAAACCAACUCCACCCCAGGACUGGUUGUUGAAAACGGCAGCCUUGGCGAGUACAAUUCGGUGAAGGGCAACGAGGCAACUGAGGUGGUGCCCAGCGGCAAGUCUGUUGAGGGGGAUGUGAAAGCUGCUCCAGCUCCUCCUCCUGCUAAACAAGCUACUCCAGCUAAAAAGCUCAUCGGCGAACCAGUGGAGAGCAAGAGCAUCAGCAAGAACAGCAUCAGCAAGAGCAGCGUCAACAGCAAGAACAGCAAGAACAGCAACAACAAUCCCAACAACCCAAACGACAAAGGCGAGUGUCCCUACAUGUCCUC